GUCGGAGCUUCGCGGCAGAAUUUCAAGCUCGGCGGUUGCGUGGAUUCGCAAAACCGCAUCCCAUUCAACGACCAAUUGUUUCACAACCAACACGAACAGAGCCGCUUUAGCGCCUUGACUGCAAUCGUGCCAAGCCCGAAAAGACAAACACAGACAGGAGACGCAAAGGCCGCUCGAAAUGGCGUCAAGAGGAGCUCCGCGAGGACGCGGAGGUGGAGGCUUCGGCCGUGGAGGAGGAGGAGGCGGCCGCGGCGGCUACCAGCAGCGCGACUUCGGCCCGCCGGCGAGCGUGGUCGAGAUGGGCAAGUUCAUGCACGCGUGCGAGGGCGAGAUGGUGUGCGAGUCGAUCAACGCAAAGAUCCCGCACUUCAGCGCGCCCAUCUACCUCGAGAACAAGACGGCCGUCGGCAAGGUGGACGAGAUCCUGGGCCCGCUCGGCCAGGUCUACUUCACGGUCAAGCCGUCCGAGGGCAUUCAGCCCACGUCCUUCAAGGCCGGCGACUGCUUCUACAUCGCCAGCGAGAAGCUGCUCCCGCUCGAGCGCUUCCUGCCCAAGCCCAAGCCGCCCCCGGGAUCCGUCUCCAAGGUCAGGAAGCCCGCCGGCGGUCGUGGUGGCGGCAUGAGGGGUGGUAGGGGCGCGCCCAGGGGUGGUGGUGGCCGUGGUGGGUUCGGCGGCGGCCGCGGCGGAGGUGGCGGCUUCUCGCGCGGCGGAGGCGGUGGUGGUUUCUCGCGCGGCGGCGGUGGUGGUGGUUUCAGCCGCGGCGGCGGUUCUGGCGGCUUCUCGAGGGGCGGCGGCGGCGGUCGUGGUGGCUUCAGCCGUGGCAGGGGCAGCAGGUAGAGCGGCUAUGGCUACCUUAUCGCUACCGCGCUUCGUCACUACGCACACUCUCGUCCCCCCCCAACGGCCCUCCUGACGACACCCUCCCUCGACCCACAAAGGGCGAGCGACCUCGCGACGGAAUCUGGCACCACGUUUGGGGCAAAAUCAACAAUCUCAUGGCGUUAUAGGCUUGGAGGUCAUGUUUUUUUUUCUGCUGUGUUUAUAUCUGCUUUUUGUGUCUGGGAAUACAGAAAACGUUUAUCAUCUUGGCUGGACGAAGGGCGUUGAAGUCAUGAG